CCCACUUACCCCCAUUAUAACCCACAUCUUCAUAACAUAACCCAUCUCCAAAAUCAACCCUCUGCAAAAUCCAGAACCAGAAAAAGUUUCAAUGGAGAAAUCUGGGUAUGGCCGAGACGGCAUUUUCAGAUCUCUCAGACCCCCUCUGGUUCUUCCCAGAGACCCAAAUCUCUCUAUGGUCUCAUUUCUCUUCAGAAACUCUUCUUCUUACCCUGAAAAACCCGCCCUCAUCGACGCCGACUCAGGCGAAAUCUUAACCUUUUCCCAAUUCAAAUCCAUCGUCUCCAAGGUCUCUCAUGGUUUGCUCAAUCUGGGUAUCAAGAAAAACGAUGUUGUACUCAUUUUCGCCCCAAAUUCAAUCCAAUUCCCUGUUUGUUUCUUCGGAAUCAUCGCAAUCGGCGCUAUCGCAACUACUGUAAAUCCUAUGUACACAGUCUCUGAGCUUUCGAAACAAGUCAAAGAUUGCAAACCAAAGCUUAUCAUCACUGUUUCUCAAUUGUGGGAAAAAGUUAAAGGCUUUGGUUUACCAUCUAUUAUUCUGGGUUCUGAAAAAUCUGCUUCGAUUGUUACGAACUCAAAUUCGAAAGUUACAUAUUUUAUUGAUUUGAUUAGGAGUGUUGGGUCGGUUUCAAAUUUGCCUGAGGUUUCAAUUAGAUCAAAUGAUACAGCUGCUCUGUUGUAUUCAUCAGGGACAACAGGGACUAGUAAGGGUGUGAUAUUGAGUCAUCGCAAUUUCAUUGCAUCAGCUCAAAUGGUGUCUGCGGAUCAAGACUUCGCCGGCGAAAUGCACAAUGUGUAUGUGUGUGUUUUGCCGAUGUUUCAUGUGUUUGGACUGGCAGUGAUUAUGUAUGCACAGUUGCAGAGAGGCAAUGCAAUUGUGUCGGUUGGGAAGUUUGAUUUGUCGAUGGUUUUGAGGUCGGUUGAGAAGUAUAGAGUGACUCAUUUGUGGAUUGUGCCUCCUAUUAUGCUUGCUCUGGCUAAGAACCCUGUGGUGAGGAAGUUUGAUUUGUCGUCCUUGAGGCAAAUUGGCUCCGGUGCAGCGCCUUUGGGGAAGGAUUUGAUGAUGGAGUGUGCAAAGAAUUUCCCUCAAGCUGUUGUCAUACAGGGCUUUGGUAUGACGGAAACUUGUGGAAUUGUUUCAGUUGAGAAUCCAAGAGUAGGUCCUCGACAUUCUGGUUCAGCUGGAAUGCUUGUCCCAGGAGUGGAAUCCCAAAUAGUCAGUGUAGAUACUCUAAAGCCUCUUCCUCCUAAUCAGUUGGGGGAAAUAUGGGUUCGAGGAGCUAACAUGAUGCAAGGUUAUUUUAACAAUCCACAAGCCACCAAACUCACUAUAGAUAAGCAGGGUUGGGUACAUACAGGAGAUCUUGGAUAUUUUGAUGAGGAUGGACAACUUUUUGUCGUUGACCGAAUUAAAGAGCUCAUCAAGUACAAAGGAUUCCAGGUUGCACCAGCAGAACUUGAAGGGCUGCUUGUUUCUCACUCUGAAAUAUUAGAUGCUGUUGUCAUUCCGUUUCCUGAUGCUGAAGCUGGUGAGGUCCCAAUUGCAUAUGUUGUCCGCUCUCCCAACAGUUCACUGACUGAAGAAGAUGUGCGGAAAUUUAUUGCAGACCAGGUUGCACCAUUCAAAAGAUUGCGGAGGGUAACAUUUGUAAACAGUGUUCCAAAAUCAGCUUCGGGGAAAAUCCUCAGAAGAGAGCUCAUAGAGAAAAAUCGAUCCAAGCUGUAAGGUUGUUUCAAUUUUGUAUGAAACUCACAAAUAUACCCUGUGCUUGCUUAUAAUUCUUGAAGGUGCUCUUUUAUAUCCAAGUUUGGACCUAUUUUUUUAAAGAUUGAGUAUGAUAAUGUGUAAGUCUCCAAUAGAUACUAUUUGAAAUUCAAUAAAUCUGGUAAUCCAGAUUUAUCAAAGUGGUUGUAUGGUAGAGAUUAAAUUUGUGUAGGGUAAGAUCUAUAUGUAGAAUAAAUCUGAACCAUAAGAUGAUAAUUUUAGAUAAUUUCUGGAUAGUUAA